AUGGGUAGAGACACUAUUGCUGAGAUAAUAACUUCUAUACGAAAUGCUGAUAUGGAUCGAAAAAGAGUUGUUCGCAUAGCAUCUACUGAUAUUACCGAAAAUAUUGUUAAAAUUCUUUUCCAAGAAGGUUUUAUCGAAAACUUGAUACCUCAAGGGGCUUUACCUGGAAUGAAAGAACAAAAAUGGAUUCAUGAAGGUUUAAUUACUGAAUCGCUUCCCAAUGGCAUGUUCCGGGUUCGGUUAGAUAAUGAGGAUCUGAUUCUAGGUUAUGUUUCGGGAAAGAUCCGGCGUAGUUUUAUACGGAUACUGCCCGGAGAUAAAGUCAAAAUUGAAGUAAGUCGUUAUGAUUCAACCAGAGGACGUAUAAUUUAUCGACUCCGAAACAAGGAUUCGAAAGAUUAG